AUGAAACGUUUCAGCGCUGCAGGUCCCCCCUUAAGAUGCAUAGGCAUUGCGAAUAAAUACCAGGAAGUUAUCCCUAUGUGUGGGAAGUUCCCAAGUUUGCGCAUAAUCGAAAUUGACUAUUCCGAAGGAGUUCAGAUUGAUGUUCAGUCCGCGAAAGAUUCACUUCGCGCUAGUGCUAAAUACAAGCCCGUUAAGAAAGGCAAAAAGUCCCGCCGUGAAUCAGAGGAUGAAGAUCUUUCAGACUCUGGCUUAGUAGACCUGUAUUCAGAUCCAAGGGUGAUUCGAUUACGAAAAUUCCUGCCGCGGUCUCCUUACUAUUAUAAUCUGUCGCCUGAACAGUUCAUUCCCUUGGAGGUCAAAGAACUUCCUGUGGAGGACUCGGACUAA